AUGUUUAUUGGGGAAUGUUCACAUAUGACCUUAGACAUCUUGUCUCCUCUUGGCAUCACAUCUGGGCAUCUCUUUAACUUAGAAAAUAACUUAUAUUUGAUAUUUGACAAUGUGAUUCAGGGAGAUAUCCUUUACCUUUUCUAUGAAACGAAGAAUUCAAUUAAAAUGCAAGGUGAAAUUGGAGUUUCUCGAAGUAUUGAUAAGGGAGCAACGUGGCAGCACUUGGGUAUCGCCCUCAAUGAGGACUGGCAUGUCUCUUAUCCAUAUGUCUUUGACUACGAUGGCAGUAUAUAUAUGAUGCCUGAAGGCAGUUGGAAAGGGGAACUUCGUCUCUAUCGAGCCAUCGAGUUUCCUUUGAAAUGGACUCUCGAUAAGAUAAUAAUGAAAAAGCCUCUGGUCGAUUCUUUUAUUAUUCCUCGUGAGGGGAAAUUCUGGCUCUUUGGUUCAGAUCACAGUGGUAUAAGCACCCAAAGUAAUGGACAGCUGGAGAUCUGGUAUAGUAGCUCGCCUCGUGGUCCCUGGAAACCACAUAAGAAGAACCCUAUAUUUAACACAGACGAGAGCAUGGGAGCUCGGAAUGGAGGCAGGCCAUUUGUAUAUAAUGGAAAUCUUUACCGCAUUGGUCAAGACUGCGGUGAGACUUAUGGGCGGCGGAUACGUGUCUUCAGAGUGGAAGUUCUUACCACUGAGGAGUUCAAAGAAGUUGAAGUUCCCUUGGGUAUCGAAGAAUCGAGUAAGGGACGGAAUGCUUGGAAUGGGGCCCGCAACCACCACCUUGAUGUACAGCAGUUAAGUUCCGGUGAAUGGAUUGCAGUUUGGGAUGGGGACAGAGUACUGUCUGGAGAUGCAAAUCGUCGCUUUAUUCUUGGGUUUGUGUCAGUUUUAGCUGUUGCUGGGCUCGUCGUAUUUGUGGGCAUGAUAGUUGGGGCUGUGAGGUGCAUAGUACCCUUGAGCUGGUGCCUGCAUGACAUGGGAAAGAGAAGCGGUGUUUUCUUGGCUUGGGAGAGGUCGAAUUUGUUGUCUUCCAAGCUUAGACUUCUUUGCAGUCGGUUGAACAAAAUGAGCUCGAUUCUCCGUGCCAGAAUAAGACCAAACACGUGCACUAGAAUUUUCGUCCUUGCUUUAACAAUUUUGGUGGCUGUUGUGUUAAUGUGUGAUGGUGUUGCAUAUAUAUAUGGUGGUAGUGGCGCACAAGAACCUUACCUGUUCAAUGGUCACUAUUCGAAGUUCACUUUAUUAACAAUGACAUAUGAUGCUCGGCUUUGGAACUUGAAAAUGUAUGUGAAGCAUUAUUCGAGGUGUUCCUCGGUGCACGAGAUAGUUAUUGUGUGGAACAAAGGAAUACCUCCAAAAUCAAGUGACUUUGACUCCGCAGUGCCAGUAAGGAUAAGAGUCGAGAAACAGAACUCACUAAACAAUCGAUUUAAGAUUGAUUCAUCUAUAAAAACACGAGCAGUCCUGGAGCUUGAUGAUGAUAUUAUGAUGACUUGCGAUGAUAUUGAACGGGGCUUCAGGGUGUGGCGCGAGCAUCCAGAUCGAAUUGUUGGGUUUUAUCCUCGGCUCAUAAAUGGCAGCCCUUUGAAGUACCGAGGAGAAAAACAUGCUCGUAAACACGAUGGUUAUAACAUGAUAUUGACGGGGGCUGCUUUCAUAGACAGUCAGUUGGCUUUCAAGAGGUAUUGGAGCAAGGAAGCUGAGGUAGGCAGGGCAUUGGUCGACAGUUAUUUUAAUUGCGAGGAUGUGCUAAUGAACUACUUGAAUGCAAAUGCAAGUUCUUCGCCAGUAGUUGAGUACGUGAAACCUGCAUGGGCAAUCGAUACAUCAAAAAUCUCUGCUGUCGCAAUUAGCAGAAACACACAAGCACAUUACAGGGUCAGAAGCAAUUGUCUGAGGAAGUUUUCAGAUUUUUAUGGGAGUUUGGCUCAUCGGAAGUCCGAUUUUAGCAGGCGGAAGGACGGUUGGGAUGUAUAGUGAAGAACUCUUUAACAUCCAGUUAAAUAUAUUACCUGCUUCUCUCUUUUUUCUUAGUGUAAUUUGCUUCUACUCUAUAACUUGUACCUCCUGCUGUGUGAAUUUUGCUUUGGAGGGAUUUCUGAGAUCCACAGUUUUAAUUAGCGAAAUUUAUUCUUUUA